UUAUUAUUUAAUAAUUAUCUAUUGUAAUGUUCAAAUAACGAAAUCGAAAAUUAUUAAAAUUUCGUUGAAAAUCUACUGAAUUACUUGUACCUACCAUUGAAAAAUGUCAUCCAGCCUCGCGAUAAAUCUCAAAAGAGCCAGUAAAGUGUAUCAUGAAGGGGAAACAAUAGCUGGUGUAGUAGUAGUAGAGAGCAGCAGCGAUGUGCGACACGAAGGAUUGAUGCUGACCAUGGAGGGGUCUGUCAACCUGCAGAUCAGCUCGAAGAACGCUGGCAUUUUUGAUGCAUUUUCCAAUAGUAUUAAGCCCAUAACACUAGUAAACACAUCAAUGGAACUAGCUCCAGCUGGAAAGAUUCCGGUUGGCAUUACCGAGAUUCCAUUUGAGAUGCCACUACGGGGGAGACCCAGUUCAGCAGGCCCUGGUCUCCUGGAGACGUACCAUGGGGUGUUUGUGAACGUCAUGUACACUCUAAGAUGUGGUAUGAAGAGAUCCUUCUUAGCGAAACCGCUGAACGCAUCUUGUCAGUUCUUUGUGCAAUAUAAACCUCAAGACGCAGCGCCUCAAAAGCCGGUCCGUUGCGAGAUCACGCCCGCGACCAUUCGCGCGUCGGCCGCCGGUGCGGGCGCACGUGCGAACAUGCCGCACUUUCAGCUCUACGCAGAAAUAGACUCUACUGUGUGCCCGUUGGAUAAACCUAUUACUGGCAAGAUUCGCGUAGACGAUUGUUCGGUGCCAAUAAAGUCAAUAGAGUUGCAACUCGUCAGAGUGGAAACCUGCGGCUUCACUGAAGGAUAUUCUAGAGAUGCGACGGAGAUCCAGAACAUCCAGGUGGGCGAGGGCGACGUGUGCCGCGCGCGCUCCGUGCCGCUGCACAUGGUGCUGCCGCGCCUCUUCACCUGCCCCACCACCGCCGCCGCGCACUUCAAGAUCGAGUUUGAGCUCAACAUUGCUGUGAUAUUUGAAGACGACUAUUUAGUGACUGAAAACUUUCCAAUAUUAUUAUUAAGAAGUAGAUAAUAAAGAUUAAUAUUAAUA